AUGGACUUUGCCUCGAAACGACGACGGAGAAGACGAGUUGCCGACGAGAAUCGCAAAAGGGCACCCCGAGCAUGCGAUCGCUGCAAGGCGAGGAAAAGCAAGGAGAAAUCGGCUUCUGUUCAAGAUACUGCGUCAAGUGACCUCACUGAACCUGGUAUAGCCGGUGCAUCAAGCAACAGUCAAUCCCAAGUAUUGCAAGAUGAUGUCAGUCACAAUGAUCCGCUAUCUCCAGCAUCGGUUUUGUCCCAAAGGCUCGCCGAACAUGUUGUUGCAGGUCAAUCCAAAAGGGUCCCCUGGCCAAACAUCCUCUCCCGUCUGAGGGAGGCUUUCUCGCUAGAUCCAGAUGCUGCUCCCGAGGAAAGGGACAUGGGCAUAAUGCAAGCCAAUAUGACGCGUCCAAAGGCGCUUCAUCCAUCCGAGGUGGCACGUUUGCAUGCAGCGAUUGACGCAUUUCCCCCACGGCAUAUCGCCGACUUUUUGCUUUCGGUAUUCAUUAAACAUGCAACGGAUACAUUCUUCUACUUUGACCAGGACCAAAUAUUAUCCGAGAUUGACCAAUUCUACAUGGACACCACCUCACCAUUGAGAUCUGACUUGAGCUUUGUCUGUCUGGUAAUGGCGACAUUUGCGCUAGGCAGUCAAUGGACGCCACUAGAAAGACCAGAUGAAUUUGCAGUCAGCUUGCAUCGAGAAAAUGAUGAUUUAGGUCAGGUAUUCUAUACUUACGCCAAAACGCUUAUUCCCGACCUGAUUGACCGGCCCUGUCUCCGAUCCAUUCAAGCGCCUUUCUUGUUAGGUGUCUACCUAAUGCCAGCAAGUGCCAUUGGAUCAUCCUAUAUCUAUAUGGGUUUGGCUUUGCGCAAAGCGUUGGCAUUUGAUCUUCAUCUCAACCCAGAGGAUCAAGCAGUCGAUGACCGGGAGAGAGAAGUCCGAUGUCGGUUAUGGUGGUCAAUCUAUUCUCUCGAGAGGUGUACCACGGUUAAAUUAAGCAGGCCUCGCUCUAUUGAUGUCAAUGUAGUGAAAGUGCCACAUCCAUCGCCUCUUCCAGCACUGGAUCGCCUACAAACAUACAACAACAUUCAGUUCCAGAUGGCGUACACUCGUUUAAUCAAGAUCCUGGAUCGAGUUGCAGAACCGGAUGCUGUCACCGAAGCAGAAGAGCAGUCAGAAUCCAAAGGUCUGGCUUCCGAUCUUCGACAGUGGAAGAAGUCCUUACCACCAGACUUCAAACUUGAUAACAUCAACCCAAAAGACUCAAGAUACCGCACGAUCUUCCAUCUCUAUUUGAAUUAUUACUACGCGUGGAUAACCAUGGGAAAAGUCGCCCUUGUAACCGUUGCUCGAACGAGCCUUCGCUGUCAUAUGUUUCCUACGUCGCGCCCUCCUGACCCAAGCGAGGCCACCUUGAGACAAUCCCGGUAUUGUGCAAAGGCAGGCAGAAAACUUCUCCUAUUGUUUGAGAAUCUGACGCAAACUCGCAACAUCACUCGCUUCUCCUUCACGGACUUCCAGGGAUGCAGUAUUGCGACGAUCGUGACACUAGUGGCUGGAAUCACGGAACGCGAUUCAGGAUACAAUGCUCGAGUGAAAUUUGGUCUAGAUUGCCUUCGGAGAAUGGCAACUGGCAACACAACAGCCAAACUGGGGGUGAAGUUUGUUGAGGCCGUGCAGUCGAUAACAAACGAGGCUGCGGAGAAGCUCCAUCGAGCAUCUUCCAUGGUCAAUGAAACGCAGAAUGUGCAAACCUCGGCUGGAUCGGAUUACAACCAAUGGGCUGAAUGGCUUACCAGGUUGGAACGCUCCCAAAUACUGGAGCAAAGAGUGAUCCAUGAGGUAGAGCCCGAUGUGCCAUUUUCACAUACUGCACUGCACCCAUCACAGUCAAACCAGAAUACGACUGAUUGGAGGACGGCUGGUGAACAGUAUAUAUCGGAAAGCUCACUCCCGCAAAAUCUAGCACAUGACUCAACCAUUUUGCGGGAAUUCCAGUCUAUCGAGUGCGACCUUUUGUCGGGACUCCAGAGUGAUGAUCAAACUUUUCUCAUGGGGUUGACUGGGCUUGAUGUCCUAGAUUUCUCUGGGUUUACAUAA